UUUCGAGAGUUUGAAGGCAGGAAGAGAAACUUUAAGAAUGAGAUGACGGGGAAAAUAACAUUUAGGGUUCCUCUUGCACUGGCUGAUGAAUUUAAACAAAAGAAGGGAAAGGAAAUCAAAGAUCACAUAAAAACCAAUCCGAUGUAUGAAAAUAGUAUCUCAUGGGUUGGAGAUAGGUUACGAAUUGAAGCACAUGCGGCAAAGGGUUUAUUUGCAGACGCAUGCAAUAGUGUUGCCGAACACUUAAAGACCAUUUUUACUGAAGAUCAAGUCAAAGAUGUUCCUACAAUUCUUAUGGUUGGUGGGUUUUCAGAGUCACCUAUGCUACAAGAUGUCAUAAAGAGAACGAUGCCAGACAAGACGAUCAUAAUACCAGCAGAUCCGGGCCUUGCAGUUCUCAAAGGGGCUGUCAUUUUCGGCCAUGAUCCAUCUGUCAUACAGGAACGACGCUGUCGAUACACUUAUGGAGUCAAGAUAUGCCUUCCAUUUAACGAACACAUUCAUCCAGAGUCGAAGAAAUUUGUUGACGAUGACGAUAAUAUUCUCUGUUCUGACAUAUUUGAUAGGCAUGUUCAAAUUGGGCAGCCUGUUGAAUACGGGGAGAGUCAGGUUACACAAUCGUAUGUACCAACUUCGAAAAGUGCAAAGGCAAUGGUAUUUCCAGUUUAUGCUUCCGAUCAGCCUGAGCCGACUUUCGUAACAGAUCAAAGUUGCACACAUCUAGGUAAUCUUACUUUUGAGCUAGGCGGGUCCGGCACUGCUAGAGCGGUGAAUGUGCAAAUGACGUUCAGCGGAACAGAGCUUAAAGUAGAGGCAGAGGAGAAGAGUACUGGAAAGAAGAAAAAUGCAAAGUUUGAUUUUCUUGGCUAAUUCAAAGAAAGAGAACAGUUAUGAUUAUUUGGAUAUAAAUCGUGAUAUAUUGAAUAUUUAACUGUUUGUUUAUAAAGCGAACUGACAAUUUUUUUUGUAUAUUACUAAUUGGAUUGUGAAUGGCCUUUAUUUUUACUAAUUUAGUACUGUCUAUUUUAUGUUAAUGCGAGUUUUUUUACAUUAGAUAUGGUAUGAUUCCUAGUAACUUACUCACAAAAUUUGAAAAGCUUACACCCACAAUGCAUACAUUUAAUAAAACCCUGGAGAUAAUAAUUAUAGUAUGAUUAUAUUAAUAAUAAUAGAUAUGUUUAUAAAUAUAUUUAUAAAUAUGUAUAAUAUGUAUUCUGUGAUUCUAGAAAAUUAUAGAAAUAUAAGCAUUUACCGUAAAAGCAAAUUAGUAUAUUUCCAAGUAUUAAUGAUGCAAUCAAUCAGUUUUCUCUGUUAACUUCUCAUUCUUUUUGUAAGAUAAUUUAUUAUAUAAUAUGUGUGUUAAUUAUUUUAACUUUUAGAAAUUAUA